CGGAUCGGAACGACGAUAUCUCAAGAUAGAUAUCUCGCUCGUGAAAGAUGCUUACCGUAUGAGUUGGAUUUGUUGGAGUGAUGCUGUGAUGUGAGUUGAAUUGUAUUGAAGCAGUAUGUAGUUUCUGCAAUAUGCCUUGCCUUUAAAUGAAUUUUUGAGAAUCAUUUCAUAGUUAAACUCAACGUUAGAAGUUAGAACUGCGUUUUGAUGCGCUGAGCAAACAUCAUACCACUCACACAUUGACAAUGCUGAAAUCGAUGAACGGAAUUCGAAUCGGAAUCUUGCGAACCACCCCUGCCGCCCAGCCAGGCACGCAUUUGUCUUGUCUUGGCCUGACGUUGAAGUUGGCUUUGCUUCAAAUUCAAUCAUUCAUGUGAACUGAGUCUGAGAUCUAGCUGUUGAGCAAUUAUAUUCCACCAUCAAGCUUGUGAAGGAUUCAAGAUAAAAUUCCAGGAAAGGAAACCUGGCUUGCCAGCUAAUAUUCAUCUUGGAUUCAGAAGAGAAGAGAAAACACUAAAAGAAGAGUUCAUCAUAUAGUUUGUCAACUAUCAUAUCCAUUCCAUUGGCAUGAAUGCUUUGCAGUUUGGAAAGAACAUGAUUCGAAGGCAUAAUAGCUGCAAUCGCAACCACUCAGAAGAACACACCGGUAUACAAAGUGACCCUGAUACUGAUGAGAUAGAAGACUGUGGCAUGCCACUUUGCACAAAGUUGGUGAAAGAGUUCAACAUUGAGACGGCUCGUUACCAUGACCUUACGUUGACCCUAGGAGGAUCCAGUGACUCUGAGUACCUACGUGAUGAGCUCAAGAGGACAAGGAAGAAUGCCUUUGAUCUAGCCAAGAAAAGUAUGCGCAAGUUGCUACCUCACCUCAAAGAUAAAUUUGACUUCAAGGCAGAGCGUAGCGAGUAUGAGAGACUGUGGAACAUGUUUUCAGCUUGCCUGGAGGUUUUUGAAGGUCACAUGAGAAAGUCGCUGGAGCUGGUGAAAUCAUUCCCCAUCCAUGCAGGUAACAAGGUGUUGAUUAACACUGGUGUAAUGGAACCUCUGGGGGUUGAUAACAUUCCUGUGAAUGUGGAGAAUCUUGAUAUUCCCUGUGUUGAUAAGAUGGUACUGGAGAGAGAAGAUACCAGAUUAUUGGAGAGGGAUAUCCUUGAGUUGCGUAACCUGAUGUCUGAGAUGCACCGUCGCGUUGACAUCAAACCAUGGACCAUCCAGCCUCCCAGUGAUUAUAAACUGGACACCAAGUCUCAGACCUCACUCAACAGUGAAACAGCCUCCUCGACGGGCUUUGAUCCCCAGUACGAUGCUCGUCAGCGACGUAAGUGUGCCUUUCUGGUGUCCGUGGCCCUGAUCACCCUGUUGGCUUUUGCAGCAAUCCUCAUCAUAUGCCUGGUUCUCUUAGAAGGGAAGUAAAUCAAUAUCAUCGCUGCAGGAGAGCAUUUCAUGAAAGGUCCCGUCAGAUGUUUGAUCCAACAAAGUAUGUUUUUGAUAUCCGACAGGUACGGUAGCGACCGUCGUUCAUCUGCUUCUCAGCCAAUCAAAAUCAAGGAAAGCUGACAGCUUGUCAGGUGACAACUAUUGAGUGAGUGAAAUGCUAACCUGGUAGAAUGGUGUCUGUUGGUAUACUGCAUAACCUUGAUGUCUUUGAUGAAAAAUUUUCAGGUGAGGGCGGAAGGGGGGGGGGUCACAAAGUCGCUAAAGGCAUGUUCGAGUUAAGUAAAUCUAGACACGAUAGAUCUAUUUAACUGCAAGAAAUCUAUUUAUACCUUAUUUGUGCUUUGAAUGUGUUCUUUGCUCUUGACUUGAGUUUUCUGAUUACAAAGUGGAAGAUGAGAUUGGGGAUGUCGUCUUCAUUUUAGUCCUGAGUAAUGUGAGAAUAAUCAAGUGUAGUGUUG